CGGGCCGGGCCGGGCCGUGCCGGCGCUGCCGCCGCCUCCUGGGGCGGACAGCCAAGGUAACCGGGCCGGGCGGGGCGCACGAUGCUCCGCGGGGGCUGGCGGGGGUUCGGCACCGCCCUGGCAGCCGGGGCCGUCCUCGGGGCCGUUCUCCGAGCCGGUCCAGCACAGCUGCAAGCUAAAUUCCUGCACACGGAUCACGAGCUGAGGGAGCCCAAGACAGUGACCCAGGCCGACAUGAAGGUGGAAAUCCUGCCAGCCCUCACUGACAACUACAUGUACCUCCUCAUCGACCAGGACACCAGGGAGGCUGCCAUAGUUGACCCUGUGCAGCCCCAGAAGGUUUUGGAUGCAGUCAAAAAGCACGGCGUGAAGCUGACCACUGUCCUGACCACCCACCACCACUGGGACCAUGCUGGAGGCAACGAGAAGCUGGUGAAGAUGGAGCCGGGGCUGCGCGUGUACGGGGGGGACGGCAGGGUGGGGGCCCUGACGCAGAAAGUGUCCCACCUGACAGCUCUCAAGGUGGGAUCUCUGAGUGUGAAAUGCCUCAGUACGCCGUGUCACACCUCGGGACACAUCUGUUAUUAUGUGACUAAGCCAAAUAGCUCCGAGCCACCUGCAGUUUUUACAGGUGACACCCUGUUCGUGGCUGGCUGUGGCAAGUUCUUCGAGGGCACCCCCGAGGAGAUGUACAAGGCACUGAUCGAGAUUCUGGGCAGCCUGGACCCCAAAACGCGGGUUUACUGUGGCCACGAGUACACCAUCAACAAUCUCAAGUUUGCUCGGCACGUGGAGCCCAGUAACCCCAGUAUCCAGGAGAAGCUGGCCUGGGCCAAGGCACAGUACGACAGUGGAGAGCCCACCAUCCCCUCCACCAUCGCCGAGGAGUUCACCUACAACCCCUUCAUGAGAGUCAGGGAGAAGUCGGUCCAGGAGCACGCCGGGGAGAGCGACCCUGUGCGGGCCAUGGGGGCCAUCAGGAAGGAGAAGGACAACUUCCGAGUGCCCAAGGACUGAGCACUGCCUGCAUCACUUUACUGUCACUGCAAGCGUCACUUAAACCAUUCAGAUGUUUUAGGAGUCAAAUCUUCUCUCGUGGUUGAGACAAGUUUUAUUUAGGUUUUUAUUUUGUCUUAAUUAAGGAAAAGAAAAAAAAAAAAAGCACUUUGCCCUCGUUGAGAUGUUCUACAGCUUAUUUAUAUUAUGAUGAAGAAUAUUUAUGGUCCACUUGCUGUCUGUCAAGCUGUCAGGUGUCACCUACAGAUCAUUGUGCAGGUGGUGUGAGACUCGAGGCUGGGCAGGAUCAAGCCUGGAGGUUUAGGAGGAAGCUCCUGUUAUUUUUGUGGGAGCCUGAUGUGGAUGCAGAAGGUGGGACUGAGAUGUCUUUGCUUGAAGCAGAGACCACCUGCAGGAGCUGAAGAUUUCAGUGUUCCUUCCAUGCUGCUGCUUCAACGUUGUGAGCAUCGCUUCUGGCUCCACUAAAACCAGUUCCAGGGUCAGAGCUGCUGUGCCAGUGCUGCUCCAGGGUCACCUGGGAGCUCCACGGGCUGCUCUGGCUCCGGGAGUGGCUCCUGGGGCCAUCCAGCUUCUCUCUCAUCGCUGGCAUGGGCAGCAGGGACGUCCCCAGGCAUUGCUCUGCUUGUGCCCUGAGUCCCCAGCCUGCUGCAUGAAUCUGCUCCCUGCUGUGCCCUGUGUGACCUGUGCCAGCCCAAAAAACCGGGCAGGGAUUUGUCAGAAUGCAGAAGCUCCUGGUGAGUGACUGACACCCCUGCAGCACACCUGGGGGACAGGCUGAGCAGUUGGAACCUGUCCCCAGGUGAGCAGGGAUGUGGGCUGGCACCAGGUCUCCAUUUGCUUUAAAAUGCUGAAUUUUAUGUAGUUCAGAGGGAAAAGCGGUACCUAAAGCUGUGGUGUCUCCUGGAACGCUGUGCUGCCACACCGGAGUGUGACUGUGCUGAGGGCUGGGCAGAGGGGAAAUAAAUAACAGCUGGAAACAGA